AAAGGGGGGGGGGGAGUUCGCUUGGAGCUUGAGUAAAGAAGUGAGUGAUCCAAUAAGCCAAUACACAAAGACGCAAUGGGCCAGAAAGAGUGCUCAAAGGAGAGGAAAAGAGAGAGUUUCUGGGUUGUCUUUCUUCUCUCCUUAUUUCCCACAGCACCAUCGCCAUCAGCAGAUACUACACUGCUAACAGAGUCACCAGAAGCAUGGUUGUUACAACAGCAAACCCAGCUGUCAACCUACGGCUUCUACCUCAACAUCGUGGUGCGCUCUCCUUUUCGUGAGUGUAUAAACGGCUCAUAUACGCACACGCUCUUCGGCAGCGUCGUUUUUUCUUAUGUGGGCACUGCCUUUCUGGGCUGCUUUUCUUUGGGCUCCCCCUGCAUGAUAGCCAUUUGGAGAAGUGAAAGCGAAGUGUAAAAACGCCUCUCAAAACACAGCACCAAGUGGAAAGGCAAACAGAAAGAAGGUUUCCAUGGAUAGAGCGAUUGCCCACGUACGCACUACCCACACAGGCAGGCAGGUAGGCAGGCAUAUAUAUGACAUCAACAAUCAUGCAUUGAGGCGCCUGAGAAAAUAAUCGGGCCCAAGACUCUAAUCAUGACAGCAUAUCGUCCUGGAUCACCUUACCGGCCCGGAUCCCCCGGCGGUCGUCGCCCGCAGUCG